AUGUUGUACGAGACAUGUGUCGACUUCGCCGAACAUUAUGGAGAUUUCAGCGAGUCCGGCAACGUCCUCGCCACUGCGACAGACACGCAUGGAAUUGCAAAUGAAUAUGUAAUGCGGUUGGAAGACGCGCCGAUUCUAACGCCGAUGUCUACAAGGCGACCCUCCAAUCUCACCACUAUCGGGGAAACGAUGAAACUGACGAAGCAGCAGCAGAUCGAGUUCCGCAAGAAUAUGGCGAACAAGAUGCGCAAGUUCACCGGCGUGACAGAUAAAUACGACCCUAACACGAACAUGAAAAAAUUCAUGGGCCAGAAAUCAAAGAGGAAGGAGAAAAACGAAGACGGCACGAUUCCCGAGAAGCUGCAAAUUUAG